GGAAGGGCUGAGCAUUUGCAAAUCCCGGCUGCGACGCGCGUGGGGAGCAUCCUACCCCCGCCGGGCCGGGCAGGGCGAGCUUCCCUCGCUAUCCGAACGCCGUCCGCCUUCUCCCCGCCUUCCCCUGGCCGCCUGUGCCGCCCCGUGUCUCCCGUGCGGCGGAGCGGAGAGCGGCAGCCCGGGGCGAUCCGCUCGGAGCGCAGCGCUGAGCCACAGCCGGCCCCUGUCCCCGCCGCGCAGGCACGGCCAGAGCCCUGGGCUGAAAAGUCAUGACAGCUGAAAAGACUAUUCCUAUAAUUAAUGGCAAGCCAGAAGAUGCUUUGGACCCAGAAGCCUCAAGCACCAACCUCGUCCACAGCAACGAUAAGAAAGUUCAUGAAAGAGGUCACUGGAACAAUAAAGUUGAAUUUGUGCUUUCUGUGGCAGGGGAGAUUAUUGGGUUGGGAAACGUGUGGAGAUUCCCGUAUCUUUGCUACAAGAACGGAGGAGGUGCUUUCCUCAUCCCAUAUGUGGUCUUUUUCAUUUGCUGUGGAAUCCCAGUGUUCUUCCUGGAGACGGCCUUGGGACAGUUCACUAGUGAGGGAGGCAUUACAUGCUGGAGGAAAGUUUGCCCUCUAUUUGAAGGCAUUGGCUAUGCUACCCAAGUGAUAGAGGCACACCUAAAUGUGUAUUACAUCAUUAUUUUAGCAUGGGCUAUCUUCUACUUGUUUAACUGCUUUACUACAGAGCUUCCCUGGGCUACCUGUGGGCAUGAAUGGAAUACAGAAAACUGUGUGGAGUUUCAAAAACUUAAUAUGAGUAACUGCAGUCAAGUCUCUUUGCAAAAUGCCACGUCUCCAGUGAUGGAAUUCUGGGAGCGAAGGGUGUUGGCGAUUUCUGAUGGAAUUGAGCACAUUGGGAAUCUGCGCUGGGAACUCGCCCUGUGCCUCCUCGCUGCUUGGACUAUCUGCUACUUUUGCAUUUGGAAAGGGACCAAGUCUACUGGAAAGUGGAGAGCCUCAUGUUAUCUGUUGCAUCUCUAAAAAGGAUACUGUGCA